AUGUUCUCUAGCAAUGAAUGGGACGAAUGUAAAUUUUCCGGUAAGCCUAAAGGGAUCACCUCGUAUAAAACAGUGACAAGUGUCCAAAUUUGGUCCGGUGUGACACAAUGUUUAAAGGUGUUCUCCCCUUUGGUGAAAGUCCUUCAAAUGGUUGAUGCGGAUUGGAAGCCCUCAAUGGGUUUUGUUUACGGGGAGAUUAAAGUUGCAAAAGAAGAAAUUAUCAAAUCUUUGGGUGGAAACGAGAAACAUUACAAGCCUAUUAUAGAUAUCAUAAACACAAAGAUGAAAGGUCGGCUAGAUUCAACUUUACAUUUAACAUCUUAUCUUUUGAAUCCAUAUUAUCAUUAUAAGGAUCCACAACUCCAAUAUGAUCCCAAUGUAAUGGAUGCGGUUCUUGAUUUUUUUGAUACAUUAUUUCGUGGAGAUUUAGAGAUGCAAAGGCAAGUCGUAACUAUUGGCUUGCCAAAGUACAAGAAAAAAGUUGAUAGAUUUAGUUGCGAUCUUGCAAUUAAACAUUGUAAGGUGAACGAUGCCGACUUUGAUCCGGCUAGUUGGUGGGGACUAUUUGAUGGCACAACUCCUCAUUUGACAAAGAUUGCAAUGAUGAUUCUUUCUUUAACUAGUAGUUCAUCGGGUUGUGAAAGGAAUUGGAGCACAUUUGAUGUAACAACGUAA